GAUUCUCCUUCGGAUGACUCCAGCAAAGGCCGCUGUCCACAUCUCGAUUGCGGAAAGGUCUUCAAAGAUCUCAAAGCCCACUUGCUCACGCACCAAAUUGAGCGAUCAGAGAAAUGCCCUGUCCUAAGUUGCGAGUACCACGUCAAGGGUUUCGUAAGAAAGUAUGACAAGAAUCGGCACACCUUGACUCAUUACAAAGGAACGAUGGUAUGCGGCUUUUGUCCAGGCUCUGGAUCAGCGGCCGAAAAAUCAUUCAAUCGCGCUGAUGUCUUCAAGAGACACUUGACUACAGUUCAUAGUGUGGAGCAGACACCUCCAAAUUCCAGAAAGAAGACUCUGGAUAACGCAGAAAGCGGGAAAACGAUUUCAAAUUAUGCUCCCGAUGCUACUGGCAAAUGCUCCACAUGUUCGGGCACUUUUAGCAACGCUCAGGAUUUCUAUGAACACCUGGACGACUGCGUUUUGAGAAUCGUG